AAAAAAUGUACAGGAGUAUAAGCAAUUACCAAUUCUCAUCUGUCUGCUGCUAUAUUGAUUACAUGCUUUGAAGAAAACCUACUAACUUUUUGUUAGUUUAAAUUUGUUUGAAUCUGAGUAAGCUUCCGAUUUUACCACAGUGUGCGCGAAAUUGAAUCAAGCAGAAACAAGUGAUUGAAACCUGAUAUGUGUGUAAAAGCGUGUUAAUAUGCUUUGAAAGUGUCACUAAAGCGGUGAAGAAGGGGAUUUAUAACUUUGAUUUGAUUGAUUGAAUUUGGGGGUGUAUCCUGACCGCUUCAAACAUGAAAUACAAUUUGACACUAGGCGUUAAAAGGGAUGAUGAUAACUCAGUCGUAUAUUACAAACAAGAUGGGCAGAGAUUUUUAUACAAUUGUACAAUCAAGAUGAAUGUAGAGACUACUUAUAAAUUUUCCGUCAACUUUCGCCCACCUAUUCAAGUCAAGUCUGCAACUAUAAAAAAUUCUAUAUUAGAUGUAAGAGAAGAAGAAUUUACACCAGAAUCAUCUACUUAUGCACUGUUAUGGACGACUAAUGAUGUCUGUGUUUCAAAGAAAAAUGUUCGAGAUCAUUUUUCUCUUAAUCUUACUAUUCAAGGCUUGGGAAGUUUGGAAAUACCAUUGCAGUUCAAGUUUUAUAAAUCAAAUGAUAAGAGCCAUUCAGUUUGGGGCAACGAUUUACAUCACAUUGAAUAUGAAUGCAGUUAUAAAGAUGAAAGUGGUAUCUUUGAAAUAGGAAAAGAAGUUUUCAGAUGAUUGGCUUUUUUCCUCCUAAAUAUUUCUGCUUAUUUGAGAUUAUUUUUCAUUCAUUUCACUGCAUUCAAGCAAUAUGAAAUUUUUUAUUUAACUUAAACCUUUUUAGAUAAUUGCAUUUAUUUACAUUGCAACAUCAUUUAUUUUUUAGUUAAUAUUAUUUUAUUGAAAAAUUGCAUUUAUAUUUCAAUAAUUAUCUAUAUCCACAAUUUUAGAGAGAAUUAUAUAUAUUUUCUAUUUAAAACAUUCUGGGUAAACACUUUAUUAAUUGCUUGCUUUUUCAAGUAACUUACCUUGGAUGUCUUAAACUUUUUAUAUUGAUAUUGCUUUGUUUUUCUCUAAAUUUUGCAUCGUCAAUAUUGAUAUAUUAUGAUCCCUAUUACAGGGGUGUGCAUCUUUAAAAGUAAUUAAUAGUUUUAUCUCUUCAUUGUUAUUUUUUUCUAUACUUAGAAUUGAAAUUAGUUUUUUGAAAGAAAAAACUUUAUUAUCAGUAAUUUUGCAAGUUUUGGGCAUAAUUCAAAGCUGGUUUUUAAAUUACAGAUUUUUAAUAAAAAUAUUACUUUACUUACAGUGCAAAUGAAAAUUUAGCACUUAAUGCUUAAGUAAUUUUUUUUUUAAAGAUUUAAAUUUAUUGAAGAAUUGUUAAGUUCUUCAACUGCUAAUAGAAGUGUAUGAAAACUAAUCACUCUUUAUAUUGGCCCCUACUUUAUGUGUUUUGUCUUUCCGAUAGCUGUAUUUUCUAAAGAUAUAACACUAAUGUGAAAUUGGUUGGAUUUAUAACAGUUAUUUGUGGAGCUGUUUGUACAAAUUCAUGAAAUUUCUUUAAUGGACAUUACACUUAAUUUUAUAAUAUGUGUACAAUUUCUUUUUUUUUCUUACUAUGUAAGCACUAUAUUAAUUUACUAGCAUAUAUUUGCAUCCAAGCAUUUUUUAUUUUAUUUCUAUAACUAUUAUAUAUUUGCACUUAUUAGUAUCUGCAUUUAGUCUUCAAAUUUUAUAUAAUCUUGAGCUUAGUGUUUAGGUUUUUAAAAUAUAAAAUGUCAUAUGUAAAUUACAUGAGAUUUUUCUUAAAUUUAGAAUUUAUUCUACUUCUUUCACAACACUUUUAAUAAGCUUACUCACAUUUUUCAUGAUAUUGCACUGCCUUGUACCUUUUUUUCAAAGUUUAUCUUCUAUUUAUCAGUUACUUGCCAAUUCAAGUAACUUGGAUCUCAUAAUCUAAGUCAUUUUCAAGUUUGAUCUAUUUUUCUUCAAAUCUUGCUGCAUAACUUUUUUUUUAUAUUUAAUAUCUAUACUUAUAGAACACCAAUUCAUUUUAUGUUAAAUGCUCCAUUUUUUAUGGCUUCACUUAAUGAAAAAAAAAAUCAUGUAUACUUAUAUUUUCUUAAUACAAAAAAUGUGCUUUUUAUUUAUAUUUUGCACUUGUAAGAAUUUGUUUUAUUUAGAAUCUUCAUCUAAACUUUGUCUGUUUCACUUACAUGAAAAUUUAUAUAUUUAUUAUAAAAUAAUUAAUAAAUAAGCAAAUUUUAACUAGAAAACUUUCAAUUUCUUUUUCAUUUUUUAGUUUAAAAAUCCUGUUUUUUGAAAACGAUCAAUAAAUUGAGAGACAUCUGAUUUAGGAUUAUUAACUCUAGACAAAAUCAAAUUUUUAAAAUUUUAUUAUGUUCAACGCAUUUUGAGACUGAAUUAUUAGUAACUUGUUGAAUACAAUUUGUUUUUUAAUAAAAACUCACGACCACAUUUCUUCAAUGUUAUGCAAUUUUCAUGAAACUUUUUUAAUGUUUCGUGGAAUGAAAAGCUACUGCCUCAUUAAAAUUCAUCUAAUAUUUAAUGAAAAGUAUGGCUUUGCUAACUUCAAUUUGUUUAAAUCAAAAAUAUUUUAUACUGAUUUCAUAUAUUUCUUCAAAUAUCAGUAUAAAUUGAUUUUGUUAAUAAGAAUUAUAUUCAUAGGUUAAGUUUUCAAUGUAAUGUAAAUUUAUAUUUAAAAAUAAAAGCUUUGUUAUAUGUCAAAAUCAUCAAUUUAACUCUGCAUUCAAAUCUUAAUGGAUGCUUAUUCAAAUUCCUUAACUUAAAUAAUUUUAUACACAAAAUAUUCUAAUUUGAGGAAUAACUUGCCUUAUCUGCACCUAAACACAAUUUCCGAGUUCAUGUUUUUGAGACAUUUGUACUUAAACUGUGCUAUUUUUUGAGCAUCAUUGCUCAUUACAUCAAAGUUGUUUAAGUGUCAUUUUUUUCACACCAGAAUUUAAAUGAAGAAAAAAAUGCAUUAAUUUUUAAUCAAAGACUCUAUGUCAUAUUACAAACAGAAUAUCUAGUAUCUUAAAAAUAAGAGAAAAAUCUAAAUGAAUCAGAAUUGUGGUGAACUUAACAGUAUAGUACCUUGUUUUAUCUAAACUUACAUUCUAAUUUCAUUUUUUUAAAACUUGAUAUAGAUUACUGUAAUUCAAUAUAUAGAUGUUAGGUGCUGGUCCUUUAGUAGCUCAUCUUACUGGUGCUAGAAGAGUAGGGUUCUGUAUUUUUGCAUUUAAGUUUUAGGAAAUACAUAAGAGAAUACUUUAAGAUUCCUGUUACAUACCUUCUUCCACCUUGUAAUUUUUAUUUUAUUUUUUUGGAAAAAGGAUCUCGAUUGAUUAAUCCUCAUUUAAUUUUCACUAUUUCUGAAAGUUUACUAUAUAUACAUGUAUAUUAUGCCUCAUUUAAUAUCCCUGCUAUACACGCCUUUCGAUUAUAUCUAAUGUAAGCAAUCAUAUGCAGUUUUUUUAUUUUGCUGAAAUUAAUUUUUUAUGUAUUUUAGUCAAUAAUAUAGAGAUAAGAAGAAAUAAAAUUCAGGAGAAUCAAUCUUUUUUUCUUUUCUUUUUUUAGAUCUUGUAUUUUGCUAAAAACUGUGGAACCAACUGAAAGAAGUAGCAUUUGCAUAUUUUUGGUAAUUACAACCUUGCAGACAAAGGGGAAAGUUGAGCAAUCGACCAUAAAACUGCUUUUGGCAGGAAAUUACUUGGUUAACCACUAGUCGCGACACUUUUUCUAAAGUUAAAAUGGUUUCUUUUCUGCUACGAAAAAGAGAGAAAGACUGAAUGAGUAGUGCAUAGCAGGGAAGUUUCCGUAUUAUUUUGCCUGAGAGCUCAACACCUGGGGGUUUAAUUAAUACAAAA